CAUAAGAAUUUAUGUCUUUAAUUGUAUCAGCAAGUCUAUGGAAUUCUGUUCUGCAAAUCGAAAUAAAUAUUGAUAACCAAAUAUGUUCGCCAGUAAUUGUUUAAGGACGGCGGCGAUGAGGGCGUGGGGCAGCGCCCGUCCCCUCCACACCUCCGCGUGCUGCCGGAAGGUGCAGGCGGGCCGCUACCGCCCGUCGCCCCGGGGCGACCGCCCCCUCACCUACGAGAUGGCCAACCCCCCACACUACAUCGCCAGCCGCAAGUCCUGGAACUCUUGGAACACGACUAGCCUGCAGGGCGGCCUCCGGGCGGCGGACACCGCCAUCGAGGACAUCUUCAUCCGCAAGUUCGUGACGGGCACGUGGCACGGCCUGUUCGUGUCGGAGGUGAUCGUCAAGCGGCAGCACAACGUGAUCCGCGUGGCGGGCAUCGUGAGGCGGGCGGUCAGCGCGCGCAAGAUGUACUUCCUGCUGGGCUACUGCGAGGAGAUGCUGGCCUCCUGGCUGCAGUGUCCCGUCCGCCUGGAGCUCCAGACCGUGGCUGACCGGGAGGACGUGGUCUUCAAGCACAUCUAGGCCGCCGCGGGCGGUCCGGAGACACACUCCCGCUCGGCCUCCGGGAUCCAGAAUUGUGGACAUGGGAGAGCCAAAUUAAAUUUUUUGAUACAAUUUUAGUACAUUUAGAAGUACGUUGUAUUUGCGGUUGAAAAAUGUCCAGCAGUAAAAUAAUAUUUAAGUAAGUUUGGUGAACUAUAAUAAAGAAUCAGGAGAAAAUUAAAAAAAAAAACUAUUCAAGGUUCGGGGGGGCAAUGCCGCUAUGGCCGCCCCUCUGGAUCCGCUAGUGUCUGGGCAGUUGUGGUCGCUUAAAGGGACUUCCUAUAGCAUGUUUACGGCAUGCCUGUGCAUUACACACAAGAGGCAUACGUAACGGUUAUCAAAGGUUACAUCUCAAACUUCCAUCGUUCAUAAUAAUAUUCCAUUACGCCCCCUUAAUAUCCUUAAAAAGAUCUUAAUUGAUAAAGGGCACUUAAAAGCCAUUAAAUUUCACUAAGAAUCCUUCAAAACUCAAUAAAGACUGAUAGCUUGCAAGUAAUGGAUAAAUGCAGGUAUUUUAAUGCUCUUUUGUUUCCGUCAACGCUUUGUGCAUGCCCAGGCAAUUAACUAAACUAAAAAGGUAUGUUUUGUUAUAUAAUUAGUGAUCAUAGUAACCAUAGUAAGUGGUUGGUGUAUAAAAUUCAGAUACACUGUUGGGUUAGAUGUGUUCCACAGAUAAUUCUGGACAAUAGGGGCCUAAUCUGUAGGAAUUGAAUCAACCAACUAAAAAAAAUUUUUUUGUGCAUUAUCAAUUAUCUAUUAAACAUUAUUUGCUUGAGGUAAAUUUAUGAUAGUAAUUUUUUUUAUAUAUACUGAUGAUGGCAAUGUAGUAAAGGGUCUUUAAACACUCCUUUUUGAUUGCUUAAGAUAUACUGUGCAGAUAUACCAAUAUACCAUGCAGAUAUAUUUUUUAAGGAAUCAUACAGCAUGAUUGUAUACUGUGGGGAGCCUAGUUACACAGGCAGCAACACACUAGGCUGUUCAAUAAGAAACCUCAGCCAGUUGGUACUGUUCAGAGUUUGGCCAGCAUUAGAUUUUAUGGCUUGAAAAGGCGUGGAUCUCGCUUUCAGGCACUUGUCAAAAAGAACAGUUUUUUUUAAUUUUUACAUUUUAGCUGAUUAUAUGAAAUAAUAAGUUUUUUUUUUUUUAAUCUAUGCCUUGUAAUGGCAAAAUUUCGGAAAAAUAACUCAAAAUUUAAAUUAAUGCAAAGAAUUUAAAAAAAAAAUAUAAACUGCUUGAAAGACAGAAAUGUGUAAAUCCCAACCCUCCAGGUAAUAAUUUAUUUAUGAGUGAUAACAAAGUAGCUGAGUGUUUCAGUCAAAAAGUAAUUUCCAUUCACCUUGAACCUUUUUUGUGUGCAACUGUAUUUAUAGCUAUAUAUAGAAAACAAUUUUUGUUCAUUUUACCAUCACAGAAUGGUUGGCAAACUAAAAUACUGUAGGACUACAAAAGUACAUAUGAAAACACACUAGUUUGACAAGGAAUGGAAGGACUUUUUUUUCAAGACAAAGGUGCCAAAGACAUGAAACGGGCACCUAAAAAAAAUGUAUGUAUACAUACACACAAACAGUUUAUGCAAACUCUUAAGUAAACUACAAUACAACACACAUCUCUUUGGGAUGGAAAAAAAAUUGACACCUUAUAUACAUUUUACAUGUAUGUAAUAGUCACCUGAGUAAAAAUUUGCACACAAUUUUCAGUUAUGAAAGAAAUACCUUAUAUUUAAAAAUUUCAACUUCAGUGUUCACCACUUAGAAAGAUCUGACUAAUAGACAGAUGAGAAAUUUGCGGCAACCUCAGAUUCUGUUGGCUCCCUGGGUGUGUAGCCCCUGGAACGGCAUCUGUAAGAAAUUCCAGUGUCUCCUGCUAAAAUCUCACUUGAUUCUUGCUAACUACACAACUUUGAAAGUCUGGUGAAAAAUUCAUAAUUUCUUGAAAUGUGUUUGUAAACAUGACUGUAAUAAAUGUAUGUGAACUAUUUUGUGUGAUGAUACAGUUGGACUGAAGAAAUACUGAGUUAUUUUGAUUGUUGUUUUGGGAAAAAACAUGUUCCUUAGAAAGCUGUAUAUAAUAAAAAUGAUUUAUGUUGAA